UGCAGCCAGAGACACUUCUGCGCUUCCAGAAGGGCAAGAGACGCACAGAAGACACCGGCACCAAUGAGCUGGGGACUAUUGUGAGACUUUACAGGUUUUUGGCAUCCUUCUCGCAAUUUUUAAACUGUUUGCGAGGAAGUCAUCGCGCCUGUUGUGGAUUUUACUUUUUUUCUGAGAUCAUGAACUAAAGUGUUAUGCGUAAAACUCUUCAUUGACGGAGUUUUCUCCGGCGGAAUUUCUAAAUUUAAAGGCAUCUAUUGGGACACCAGGACUCCAUCUGCGUCUCUGAUAUGGGACUUUAGGUUUAUAUCUCUCAUAUCAUAUUUCCUGGAGUGAAUUCGGCUGGUUUAAAACAUUUACGCUCUUCCAGAAAUGGUGGGGCAUUUACAUUUGCAAGCUAUGGAUGAGAGUUUGAAAGGAAAGAACCGGGAGGGACUGCUUGAUAGUCCGGAUUCAGGACUCCCUCCAAGCCCCAGUCCGCCCUUCUACUCUCUGUCACCAGGGAUCCUUGAGUCGCGCUCUGGCAGCUGCUCAACCCCAAAUGAGCUGCAAGGAUACUGCAGAAAGGAGAGCCGGGAAGGCAAACUGCUGCCGUACUUGCUCCUGAACUCUCAAGGUCCAGAUGCGAAGUCACGCAUGUACCCUGUGGUCUAUGGAGAGAGCAUCGAGGUUAACCCAAAACCAGAAAAAGAGAUCAAGUUCAACUCUGCGGUGAAGUAUGCUUCAGGCAGACACUUCCGUGACCAGGUGUUCUGCGCCCAGGUCCCGACCGCCACAUCCUUCAGCGAGACGGUGGUGGCCGUUCAGAACUGCACAUGGCGCAGCUACAAGUCAGAGGUUCACUUCCAGCCACGGCACAGACCGCUACACUUCCAAAGCACGACCAUCGUGUACCCCAAGCACACCCAGAAUACAUACCGCACCACGCUGAACUACAACGGCAACAGAAACGCAGCCGGGCGCCGGCGGUUUGUGUCCACAGUCAGGCUGGAGUCCACCGAGGACGCCAGUCCAUGCAUCAUUUACACAGAAGACCUCUGAGAGACACACAUGAGAGACAUGUUAUCCUUCCCAAAAUUCAAAAACUCCCUUUGGUUAGAGAGCUACAGUGAGAGUACAUGGACUAAAACCCUGAUUCAAUGACGGAUGCUCAGUGAGGGCAGUGAGGGCUCAUUUUGUUCUUUUGCUUCCAGUGAUGGUGGAGAUGAGCUGGAGUUCAGUGUGUGUUUGCGGUCUUUACAUGUGUUUUACGUGUCAGUGAUGUAUUUAUGUACAUCUGGAGUCGUACCAGUGAGAUGGAGGGAAAAGCAUUUGGGGCAAAACAGUUUCUGCUGUUUGCUGAUUCAGAGGCCCGCAGAAUUCUACGAAAGAUCUGCAGAUUUACACAGAACUCAAAAGAAUGUCAGUUAAAAAUUCCAAAAUUUUAAAUCACAAUCUUUUUAUUAGUCGUUAUGCGUCUGGUACUAAAAUUUUGCUUGGUUUCAUUUUUUAUUUGAAUACUUUGGCUAAUUUGAUAAGAUUGUAAUCCAAAAAUAAAACCGUAGGACUUUCAUGCAUUUUUCCAUUUUAAUUAUACCAUAAAAUUAUGCCAAUAUUCCCCUCAAAAAUGUAAAAACAUGCUGAGUCCAUGCGGACCUACUUUAUCGUCUUAGUAUUGCUGAUUCUUACAAAUGCUCAAACAGGAAAGAGUUCAUAAUGAAAACAAAAUGCAUGAGCACAUUAUAUGUGGACGAGAGCACAAAGUCAUUAGACCUUAGUCAGGUUAGAUGCCGUAUUGAAUUUAAUACAGAUGUCAAAGAUUAAACGUGCUAUCCAUGAUUAAGGUAUAUUUGCAUUAAUCUGUAGACUAUCAGAACUGGCUGAGGAAAUAUAAACUGUAUUUAAGUUGCACUUAUGGAAAGUUGUUUUUUUGUUUUUUUCUUUCUGGCUGUAAAUGUGUUGGUAUGACUAAGGGCAAAUCAACGGGUAGGAGCACUUGAAAGGUUGGACCAAAGAUUCUGUAAAAUUCAGAGAAAGGGAAAUACAACCUUAAAUAUUUCCUCCCUUUCUGUUUGUACCUCAGAGAACGGAACGUGGAAUAAUUUCUUGCACAAGAGUUUCAGAAGCCGCCCGACGUGCUAAUAAUUCAGUGGCCAAAAUAAGAGCUGCACUCACAGAAUGACAGGAAACAGAAGAUUGUAUUUGAAAUGACUGGACAGAGCAUGUGUUAGAUGAGAGAAUGCUGGAUUUGAACAGAGACGAGGUUCUUUGACCUCCUGAAGACUGUACUGUUAUACUUAUGAUUGCACGGUUAGAUAAUGUCAAAGGUAACGAGUCAUUUCUGACUUUGUUGGAGUCAGUUUGUCUCAGCCAAAAUCUAGAUUGCAUUUCCUCUUUCAUGUAUAACAAACUCUUUUGUGGAGCAGAGCUGUUGUUGUUUAGGGAGGCGAUGAGAUGUAACGGAGCGGUGCGCUGAGAGAGAUUUAGAUGAGCAGUAAAGCAUCAUGUCUGUCUUAUGUCUGGACUAUAUGCUUUCAGUUCUGUAAAGCUGAAGUGGGUUUUGUAAAUUUAGAUCUCUUACCUCAUUCAUUUUCUUUUUUUCAUUUCUGAUUUUAUAUAAUAGAGAUCUUCUGGUGACUGAAAAUAGAAAAACAAUGUAUGUUUCCGUCUGGUAUGUGGAUGUGUUUGAGUUUCGAGAGGAAAAGCUUGGCAGUACAAAUCAAAAGAGCAACGUUUAACUAGUGUAAUACAGGAAAAUAGUGCAUGUGUAUUCUAUGACACGAUGAAAAAAUCAUCAGGGGUUGAUAAAGGAUGAAAUUACAGGAAUGCAUGACCGAUAAAUAACUUCCUGUUCCCUCAAGAUGGACAUUUGAUAAGCUGAUAGAGGAAUUUUAGCAAUGUGUUGAAAGCAUAUCUAAGGGGAGCCGUUUUAUUUUUUCCUCGUGUAUGAAAUUUUAUGAUUACAUUUGUUUGGUGUACAAAUGCUUUCCGCUAACAGAUGGAUUUUGUUUGAUUUCCUAACACGGUGAUUUGUGUUUCUGUAAAAUACUUUCCUGUUGUAUAUGUGGCAUACAGCACUCGUAAUUCUCUUUAUAUUUUUGUAUAAUUCCCAACUUAAUGGUCUUCUUUUGGACAGCAGAUGAGAAAAUAAUUUAAGAAAAAAAAACCUGUAUAUCCAAACCGAUUAAAUAAAAGCCCCAAACCCUG